CAGAUAUGGAAUAUAAAUAUGAUUACACAUAAAGCGCCACAGAUAACGAAAAAAUUGCGGUUGUUAUUUUGUCGUUACAAAAUUCAUUGGGUGUACAUGUAUAUGACUGUCUAACAGUAACACACCCAUGGAAGGCAAAUAUUGGGGGGGGGGGGAAUAGCGCGGGAUUUGGCCAAAGUUCCGUUUGUUUCUUGAAUUUCCAACCACUUUGAUGCAGCCACGACAUUUGGACAAGUCAGACGAAUCAUCUAACUUGUCGGACGAUGAUUAUGUUCCUUAUAUACCAGUGAAGCAACGUAAACAACAGGAGUUUUAAGUGUUUGAGGAGACUACGAAAAGCUGAAUAUUCUUAUGUUUGGAUUGCCAUAGAAAGUAGUUGGUUUUUAAACAAUAUAAAUAAGUGUUUCACUGAUUAGAUUUGUGUGAGGGCUUGAAUACUGCCCGGGUACCCAGAUCGAAGCAGUUGAUUUUCUUAGGGCCACACUCAAAGCCUUCGACUUAAAGGCUUAAUCCACAAGACAGUGAAGCAACGUAAGGAGAUGUAAUCCCAUGGUAGCUGGUGACCAACAGUUAUUUAUACGCCAUUUGUUCCUUUAAGAUCCUAGAGCCCAUUUACACCAUUGAUUUGGAACCAAGGUUUCCCAACUCCCCUAGAUGAGUCCUCCAUAUCCACCAUCUCGGUUAAAGCGCCAGGCAUCCGCUUUCUGUCCUUUCAUUUUCGUGAACAACAGUAAGUAGGACUUCCCUGGCAAAAUGCCAAAUAGUUGAUAUGCAUUUGAUCGUAAUGUGAAUCCUGAAAAGAAGUUAGUGUAUCAAUCGCUAACUCGACUGGUUAUGUAAACAUCAGAUGGAACGAGUUAUUACUAAUAUCUUAGGGUUGAUGCUCACCUUCGGACUACCUCUCGGAAGUUGUUCUGCUUAUUUUGUCUACGCCAUAGUCACCUACUAAGCUUGGACCGUAUUUGUAAAAGUUAGUGUGGGCUUUUUCUGUUAAAAUGAAAAGUAAAACUGUCUAAUAUCAGAUUCGGUAUACAACUUCAAAAUAUGUUAGUUCUUGUUUCUAUGGUUGAUAUCAAGUGUUCGUUUUGAAUAUAUUUCUUACUGUAAUAUCAUAUCAGUCUAUUUGACAAAGGGAUCAUCAUGAAUUAGUUUUUGCCGCAAUAAUUAGCUAUCGGUUCAUUCAAUGUGAUUUGAGAUACAGUUAACAUAAGCUUCUCAACCCGAGAUAAGUGGGAUGAAGUUCAUUCCUCACCUGUUAAAAAUGUACUUCUAGUGGUAUCGGGUGGAUAAACAAUAAGCUGAAAUCCAAACAAAAUUGUUUGUUUGACUGCUUCUGUUUAGAAGUUUUACAGGUGACCAAAAGGCCGUUUCAAGCCCGAAUAGUUACCAUUUAUAAUAAUUAUUAUUAUAAUGGCAAAAAUAAUAGUUGUUAUACUCGCACUAUUUAAUACCAUAUCUUGAUUAUAGUGAAUUCUCAGCACGAAGUUCGCGGGAUUUCACAGAUAUUCCCGUUUUAUGAUCAUUUAACUCGUAAAUAUUAAAAAAGCUAACUGGCAUUCAUAGUCAUAAAUAUUUAUGAUCAGGCUUGUACUCAUGAUAUCUCAUCACCAGAUCGGUUUUUUAUGUGGAUCUUGCAGUAAGCACUCUCGUUUCUCCAAAAAAACCAGGAAGGGAAUAUACGAACUACUAUUAUGGUGCUCCUUGAGUUUGUCAGUGACUAGAUUCGCGAUAGGUUAUGAACGUUUCAUGAAAGCACGUGGGUACAUGCGGUUAACUGACAUAGUGAGUUUAAGAAAUCCCAAAACAGGAAAAUUCAUAACAAUAAACACAUGUUUAGGAAAAUAUUGAGUCUAAAGUCUGAACAAAUUGCCGCUUCGGUCACUUUUUCAGUUUUAUGAUACUUGGUUUGGUAGUGCCCAAAUAAGAUUUGAUCUCUUUACCCUUUCGAAAAUUAUUGAGGAACUUGGGUAACCCAUCAACUGAUUACGAAUUAUUGUUUUGGUUUUGAAUCACUUUUAUCGUACCAGAACUAGGAAGAUAUUGCUGACUUGUUCAAAUCGAUGAAAAUAAAAUAUGGUUUAAACACCUACAACUCUGUCAAAACUAUUGAUCCAUAUAUGCACUGUUGGACGUUUUUAGGUCCAGCCAGUAUAUUCAUUAAAAUGAGGCUCGUGUUGUAUAUAAACUAGACGAGCUCAGCGGUUUAAGGACUGAUGGGUUUGAAUUUCAAGCAUUCGAUCUCAGGUUCGUGUCUCAUUUCACCCAUUUAAAUCCAAAAAAACUGGGUAAUAUCAUCACCCUUUGCAUAAAAUAGUGUUCUCCAGAGUUUGAUCACUAAGUUAUCAAAACGAACUGUUUGCUUAUACCAGACGUAUAAACGUAAUUUUGUGUUAGUAAUAAAGUUUCUGUACCACUAGUUUCAUUAGUCAUAAGUAUUCGAUUUCUCCCACUUCAGCUUACUUCACUGCAGCGUGUAUUAGGUAAUCUUGCGUACACUGAAGUGCCUGAGGAGGAACUAGACCAGGGUAAUACAGCAGAACAAGUUGAAGAUGAUCCGGAGGGUAUGACAAAAAAGUCAUCUGAUGACAAACAUCAUGGACCUAAUGCCCAGGGUAGUUUAUUUGAUAGAAUGUGGGAAUUAAAGCGAAAAGCUGAAGAAAGGAAGGAAACAGAACGGGAUAAAAAAUUAAAGGAAGAAGCUAAGAUUUUAGAAAGUGUUGCUGAAAAGACCGCUUUAAAAGGUGUUGCAGAACUAGCAAAAGGUAUCCAGUAUGAUAAACCAAUUCAAACCAGCUGGGUACCACCUGUAUAUAUCCGGGAACAAAGUGAAGAGAAAUCUGCAGAAAUCCGCAAAAAGUUUCGAAUUUUAACUGAAGGUGAUGAUGUACCUGCUCCUAUUCGACAUUUUAGUGAAAUGUGUUUUCCAAAGGCUUUAAUUGAUUUACUAAAACUACGUGGAAUAACAAAACCUACACCGAUUCAAAUGCAAGGUUUACCAGCUGUAUUAAGUGGUCGAGAUAUGAUUGGAAUUGCAUUCACCGGCUCCGGAAAAACAAUGGUGUUCUCAAUACCAGUUAUAUUAUUUUCUAUGGAUCAAGAACAGAAAAUUCCAUUUAUUCAAAAUGAAGGACCUUAUGGUUUAGUUUUAGGUCCAUCUCGUGAAUUAGCUCGACAAACGCAUGAAGUAAUCUGUAGCCUUAUUGAUGGUUUAGUCAAAGCUGGUUUCCCGUCUAUUCGUUGUUGCUUAUGUAUUGGUGGCAUGGCUGUUAAAGAACAAGCAGAUAUUGUUAAAAGAUCUGGUGUUCAUAUUUUGGUUGCUACACCAGGUCGUUUAAUAGAUUUACUUCAACGUAAAAUGAUUAAUUUAGAAGUAUGUCGUUAUCUUGUUUUGGAUGAAGCUGACAGAAUGAUUGAUAUGGGUUUUGAAGAAGAAGUCCGAACUAUAUUCUCCUAUUUUAAGGGACAACGUCAAACACUUUUGUUCUCUGCUACUAUGCCGAAAAAAAUACAAAAUUUCGCUAAAUCAGCCUUGGUGAAACCCGUCACUGUUAAUGUUGGUCGAGCUGGAGCAGCUAGUAUGAAUGUCACUCAGGAAGUAGAAUAUGUGAAACAUGAAGCGAAAAUUCCUCAUUUACUUGAUGCUUUACAAAAAACUCCACCGCCUGUUAUUAUAUUUGCUGAGCGUAAACAAGAUGUGGAUGCUAUACAUGAAUAUCUUCUUUUGAAAGGUGUUGAAGCAGUUAGUAUUCAUGGUGGAAAAGAUCAAGAUGAACGUGUAUCAGCUGUUACAGAAUUUAGAGCUCAUCAUCGUGAUGUCUUAGUUGCUACAGAUGUGGCUAGUAAAGGUUUGGAUUUUCCAGAAAUUAAUCACGUGAUCAACUAUGAUAUGCCUGAAGAUAUUGAAAACUAUGUACAUCGCAUCGGUCGUACUGGUCGUGGUCAUCAACGUGGGUUGGCCACAACAUUUAUCAACAAAUCAGUGGAUGAAUCCACUUUAUUAGAUUUAAAGCAUUUACUCAUAGAGGCUAAUCAACCUGUGCCAGAAUUUCUUGUUGAAUUGGCAUCAGCUACUGAAGUUGAACUUGAAAUGGGUGGUGAAGUUGGCUGUGCAUAUUGUGGUGGUUUAGGUCAUCGUAUAACACAUUGUCCAAAAUUAGAAGCAAUGCAGAAUAAAGCUGCUAUUAAUCUGGGUCGUAAAGAUUUCUUGUCUUCUGCAGAUUAUUAACAAAUUAUCAUUAUCAUCUGAUAAGCUGAAUACAGCCAAACAUUUGAUAGUUACUGUAAAUAAUUCAUAAAUUUAAUUUGUAAAUAAAAUCUUCAAUUGACGUUCAUGCUUUUUUUUUCCUUGUCUUGGUUCAAAAGCUUAAAUUUCAAGUUUGUUUUUCUUCAAAAUCAUGAGAGAAAUUGUCUCAAGUUUAUUAUACUGUUAUAUUACUGCAUAUACUAUAUUUAAUCAUAUCUAAAUACUGUGAUUCACAAAUGAAAGUUCAUUUUUGGUCUGUAAAUUGUCAGAAUAUUUUCUUUGGAAAUAUUUUCUCGGUUCACAUUCAGUUGUACUGUAUACACAUGUUUUUUUUACUACUUAGAAACCAAUAGAUCUAAAAUAAAUCGAAUGAACUUCGAUCUGAGAAGAAGGGAUUUACUGAUUUAAUCACCAUACAUUACUGAAUUCUUUACUUUCCCUUGGCAAGUAAUUUCUUCAUUAAUUUAUUCGAAAUGUAUUACAGGAAAAUAUAAUCUCUCAGAUUAACUCCAUCUAUUCACUACACUUUCGAUGCUAAAUUCUUAGAUAUUGUGAAAAUCGGUAGUUGUAACAAUUACAUACUUCUAAUUAUCAAACUUUCCGUUAUAAAGAAACCUGUAGAUUUGUUUGCUACAAAAAUAGGAUCGUGUAUAGUUCACAACUUUUGCUCAAUUCUAUCCUCCGUCCCAUUAGUUUCAAAAGUUA